UCUGCUGCGAUGUGUCUGAAUAUGUCAAGAAUCGCUUGAGCCGCCGCACGCUCUAUCAAACAGCACUCCAUCUCCUCCAGUGGCGUUACGAGGGAAGUUUAAUACGUGCUUCUUAGCUUCUUAAGAUUAUGAGGCAUUGCAAAACUGCUUUCUUUGCCGCGCGCAACGAACCCGCGCCGUAUUGGAGUGGAUGAAGAACCGCUGGAGCGCUGUCCGGGGUACUGAAGUCGCGAAGAGCACACAGGCAUUCAAAGAGGAGUGUAUGUCUACGCAACUGAAGUCUUGAGAUGACAGGGGAAAGGUUGUGCUCUGUGGCUGUCUGGGGGUUCAUUGCAUGGGAAACGGGAAUUUUGCUGAGUCUGGUAGCAUCCAAAGAACCAGAACACACUCGAGGAAGAACAGCACCCAUGUCACCAUCUGACUUCCUUGACAAGCUCAUGGGAAGAACCUCAGGCUAUGAUGCCAGAAUUCGGCCGAACUUUAAAGGACCACCUGUGAAUGUAUCAUGCAACAUAUUCAUUAACAGUUUUGGCUCCAUCGCUGAGACAACUAUGGAUUACAGAGUGAACAUAUUCCUCCGACAGCAGUGGAACGACCCUCGGCUGGCUUACAGCGAGUACCCGGAUGACUCCCUGGACCUGGAUCCCUCUAUGUUAGACUCCAUUUGGAAGCCUGAUCUGUUCUUCGCCAAUGAGAAAGGGGCUCAUUUUCACGAGGUUACUACUGACAACAAACUCUUGAGAAUAUUCAAAAAUGGAAAUGUUCUAUAUUCCAUCAGAUUGACUCUGACACUCUCCUGUCCGAUGGAUCUGAAGAAUUUCCCCAUGGACGUGCAGACGUGCAUAAUGCAGCUGGAGAGUUUUGGUUACACAAUGAAUGACCUGAUCUUUGAGUGGCAAGAGAACGGACCCGUGCAGGUGGCUGAUGGACUGACCCUCCCUCAAUUCAUCUUCAAAGAUGAGCCUGAUUUAAGAUGCUGCACCAAACACUACAACACAGGCAAAUUCACAUGCAUUGAGGUACGCUUUCACCUGGAGAGACAGAUGGGAUAUUACCUGAUUCAGAUGUACAUUCCAAGCCUGCUCAUCGUCAUUCUUUCCUGGGUCUCCUUCUGGAUUAACAUGGAUGCCGCUCCUGCCCGCGUUGCACUGGGAAUCACCACGGUACUCACCAUGACAACCCAAAGCUCGGGAUCCAGGACAUCUUUACCUAAGGUCUCCUAUGUGAAGGCUAUUGACAUCUGGAUGGCUGUGUGCUUGCUCUUUGUCUUCUCUGCUCUGCUGGAGUACGCUGCAGUCAACUUUGUGUCACGGCAACACAAGGAGCUCUUAAGAUUUAGGAGGAAAAGGAAGAAGUCUAGCAAGGAGGAGGAAGUGCAGGAGAGCCGGUUGAGCUUCACGCCCAAUGUGAGGAAAGACAGGGCCGUGCCCAAAGCUGCUAACAAUGCUCCCACAACCCCCUCUGACCCAGCCGUUGCCCCUGGCAAGAGUCACGAAGAGAUGAGAAAACUUUUCAUUGAUCGAGCGAAGAAAAUCGACACUGUGUCCCGUGCUGGCUUCCCUCUAGCCUUCCUGUUUUUCAACAUUUUCUACUGGGUUCUUUACAAAAUCCUACGCUACGAGGACGUGCACAAACCAUAAAUGCAUACCGUGUUGAACCUUGGGAGGUUCGGUAGCAACACUUCAGCUGCAUCAAGACACUUUCUGCCAAAAUCUGUGAUACACACUCAUAAUGACUAUGUCAAACAGUGAUGUCAAGGACAAAUGGAUACUUUCAACAGUUAAUGCUUUGAAUUCUGUUUGUGUCGUAUUGAGAACAAUGCGCUCACUAUGCAAUGGAUAAGACACCUGUUCCCCACAUACACUUCCUAACCAAAAGUGGUUAGCACUUCAACACUUCCGUUGAACGUAGGAGCACUGUUUCACAGUCUAAAGCUGUCUACUGCCCUCAGUAAAGGCAAAUGUAUUGUGUCUUGCACUGGUUUUGUCAACUCUGUUGUUUUCCAGCUUACUGCCAAUGUUUUGUGUUGUGUUUUUGAUAUACAGCUAUUGGAAAAAUGAAGAGUCUAUGAACAAAGCUGCAUAUUCUGCAAGUUUCCCAACACCUGUUUUGUAAUGUUAAUCAUUUCAUAAGGAAGCGUUGAUUGAUUCUUCCUUGCAACUGGUCGGCUUAUCACCCUUUAACAAAAAGCUAUCACUUUGUCUGAACAAAGACCUGAUUGUCAACCAGCUCUAUACAAACCUGCGUCAAGGCCAAACAACAUUCAGAACUAACUGUCAAGAACCAGCAGAAAAAAAUGUUGUUUACAGUUAUCAACCUAAAUAAUGUUUUCAUCGUUUCCAUCUAUUUCAGUUUUUGAAAUUUCUAGAAGAGCGUUCACUUUCAACAAGAUUUUCUUAAAAAAAUGAACCUAUAACUAACUUUAUCUAUUUGAGGCAGCAAUUA